UUCUAUUCGCAUACUAAUAAGUUAACACCACAUCGUUGUCCUGUUCUCUGCCUUUUUAGGUCUCUCCUUUUUCUUCCUUCCUCCUGCUGCUCAAUUCAAAGGACAAAAACUUUCUGCAUCACUCGCUCUCUUUUUUCUGCGCUGCUUUUCCUCGGCAUCCCACCACCGCCCUCCCCUGCUUUUCAAGCCCCACUUAAAUCCUUGAAUCAAUGGCGGAGGGAGGAGAGUCGAAGGCAGAUGAGAAAGCACCACAGAAAGAGAAGGAGUCUGACUCCUCCUCCUCCACUACCACGACCACCAAGGGCAAGAUGGCAGACAAGGACGAGCGACCGCUGCACCUCCUCGGCCAACUCGUCUGCGCCUUCCUGAUGGUGCUCCUCCUCCUGUUGGGAAUCACCGCCCUCGUCGUCUGGCUCGUCUACCGCCCCCACCGCCCCGGCUUCAACGUUCAAGCGGCGGCCGUCUACGCGCUCAACACCAGCGGCCAGACCACCAUUACCACCAGCAUGCAGUUCACCGUCGCGGUCCGCAACCCCAACAAGCGGUCCGACGCGGAGUACCGCGACCUUAGCGCCUUCGUCACCUACCGGAACCAGGUCAUCACGGUACCCACGCCGCUGCCGGAUCUGCACCAGGCGCGCAAGAGUACAGUCAUCAUGUCGCCCGUGCUCGGCGGCGAUUACGUGCCAAUCUCCCCGGAGGUGGCGAGCGGUUUGGCGAUGGCGGAGGCCUACGGGCUUGCUUCUAUGAGGUGGGUCUUGCAGGGGAAGCUGAGAUGGAAGUCCGGCGUGUUCAAGGGUCGGUUCAAUGGGCUGUAUGUCAAGUGCGAUGUGGUGGUUGGCUUGAAGUCUGGAAUGAACGGUCCGGUGCCUCUUCUUGGCUCGCCUGAUUGCAAUGUGGAGGCAUAUAAUCUAAAAGAGCCUCCCCACUUUAUUCCAAGACCAGAUAUCCCAGCAUCUUUUAGUAUAAACCGCAUUACUAUUUUCAAAAAGACCCUAAAUCCCAUCAGAUUCUUCGGGAAUUCAACAAUUACGCUAAUCAAAAAACCUACUUUUUGGAACCGGAGGUGCCGGUUGAAAGUAAGGGCCAAAUGUUUGUUGCUUUGCCAUAUGAAUCUUUCUAUCGCUUUCUUUUUUUUUUUUAAAUCUAUCAGCCACCAUCUCUCUCAACUGCAACUGUCCAUUGUUUUCUCCACCUUAAUUUUCUCCCAACCCAUCUCUCUUCCUCAACCUAUGUCAAACUAUCUGAUAAGAUCUCCAAAGCCUUGCUCCAGCAAACAAAUCAACCAUGGGAAGCUAUUCAAGAAGGCCACCCUCUUCAUCUCUGUCAUCGUCUCCAUAGUCAUGAUCAUUGUUAUUGUCCUGUUUACUCUGCAUCCUUCCAAGCCGAAAUUCUCUCUCCAGGAGGCUGACAUCUAUAAGAUGAACCUCUCGAGCAACCAUCUUCUCUCCUCAGUCAUGCAGGUCACGGUGGUGGCGAAGAACCCGAACCAGAGAGUUGGAAUCUACUAUGACAAUCUUGAAGCUUAUGUUGUCUACAGGGGACAGCAGAUCACUGUGCACUCAUCCUUCCCUCCUUUUUACCAAGGCCACGAUGAUGUCAACGUUUUGUCUUCGUGGAUGUCUGGCAACUCAAUUCCGGUAUCUCCUUCCUUUGGUGAUGACAUAAGCAUCGAUCGGUCGGCCGGAAAACUGCAGAUGAAUGUAAAGCUGACGGGAAGGGUGAGAUGGAAAGUGUGCACCUGGGCUUCUGGUCACCACAGUCUGGAGGUAGAUUGCGACGCUUUCUUGGCUUAUAACGCAAAUAAUGUCUCCGGUCGGUAUGCCAGCUUGAUCCCUGGUUCAGAAUGCCACUCAACAGUUUGAGUAUGGGAACGGUUGGUUUCAACUUGUUGUUAACGUGUGCUUUGUGCUGUUUAAUAUUGUUGGUGUGACGGUCCUGGUUCUAAUUCUGUUGUGAUUGACACCAAGCUUCUGUAUGAAGAAGAGACCUCUAGGUGUUGAAUAAGAAAAGAGUGGAAGAAGACAAUUGUAGGGGAUACAGACUCAAUGUAACUGUAUUAACAAGAAA